AUGUUUGGCCAACAACAGAUCCCACAAUCAAGUCCCACCCAGUCAAAACUGCAGUUCCCCACAAACUACCACCUCCAACAACAACAGCAACAACAGCAGCAACACCACCUCCAGCAUCAGUUACACCUCCAACAAACACACCCUAUGGCCAUGCCUAUGAGCUUCCCCAACCACAACAACCCCAACAAUACAGGAACUCCUAACAACUCCUUCGCAGGAACCAUCGACCCCGGUCUUCUCCAAAUGACCAUGAACCGCAUGGAUAUGUCCCAGCUCCACAACAUGAACUCGCUCUUUCCACCAACCUCUGGAACCUCGCUCCUCAACAACCAGUCGCUUCUCGGUCGCGGUAACUCUUUUAGCUCUGCCAAUACCGUUCCCACGCCGACCAUUAAGCAAGAAGCUGCCUCGCCCGAUUACCUCGCUUCCGAGAUGGACUUUGGCGAGCCUGGAAAUAUGCUCUCGCCUGGCUCGAGUUCUCCCCUGAACUCGCCUUUGAACGACUUUGAUAGCCCCGAUGACUUUUCGACACCCAAUCCCGGUCCUGGGUCAGGUUCCUUCGCAGCCAAGCCAACGCCUCUCAACAUUCAUCAGGGAUCGUAUGGAGAGUCGCCAGGAACGGGCUCGUUGUACUCUCCAGGACCAGAGUCAGAUUUUUUCCCAGAGGGCGACUUUUCUCUUCCCAAGAGCUCACGCCACUUGGACAUGAAGUUUGGACGCCCCAUGCACCCAAGCUCGCUCCCCGCAGGCAACAACUUUCACAGCAUGUCUAUGCCCGCCCAGCGGUCAGACUGGUUUGGCGCAGGCGACGGUCACUCUGUCGGCUCGUUCGAGAACCCCUCUGGCCUUCAGUUUGCGACAGGAGAGAUGAACAUGCUGGACAGUCUCUUUGAAGACGGAUCCGAGCCCAAGGGUAACAAUCGUGCCGUGCUCUUGAACGAGAAGCGGAGACGCCGACGUGAAUCGCACAAUGCUGUCGAAAGACGCAGACGCGAUAACAUCAACGAAAAGAUUCAGGAACUGUCGACACUCUUGCCCGAGUGCUACGUCGACACGGCCAACAAGCCCAACAAGGGCGUCAUCCUCCGCAAAUCGGUUGAUUAUAUUCGCCACCUCCAACAAUUGGUCGCCAACCAGACGAGUCGGAAUCAGGAAUUGGAGGCUCAGCUUCAAGGAAAGUCCAUGUCGAAUGGUGGCGUUGGCGUUGGCGGCGGCAUCGGAGGCAGUAAUGGUCUUGGUAAUGGUCUUCAAGGCCCACCAGGGUCUCUCCAACAAGGGUUCGGGAUGAUGCGCCUUGUACCUGGUGGAGGCCCUAAUGGCGAUCUUCAGACGUAG